AGACGCUUCAAAUGCUGUUAGGAUAAUGAAACACUUUAUAUUAAUCCUGUACGCCUUCAUGAGCUCUACUCGAAUGUGCCUACUAACAGUCGGGAGGAAACAGGAGCCAAAAGGAAAGGAAAUCUCAGAAUUGCUGACAAGGCUUCUGGAUUGCACUCGGUACGAUGGCCGACUUCGACCAAAUUACGGCGAAGGUCCAGUUGAAGUUUCGGUCGGGUUUUGGAUUUUGUCAAUUGAAAGAAUUGAUGUAGUCAACAUGGAUUUCACAAUCGACAUAUUUCUUCGACAACAAUGGACCGACAAGAGACUGGACCACGGUCUGAAUCACACCAUCACACUCAGCAGCCGUUGGGCCAUGAAAAAGAUCUGGAUCCCAGACUCAUAUUUUGUGAACGCGAAAACUGGCCGCAUGCACCGAGUAACGACUCCUAAUAUGAUGCUUACGUUAGGUCCUGGAGGAGUGAUAAAAUACAAUGCAAGGACAACCAUCAAAGCAGCUUGUCUCAUUGAUUUGCGAAAGUUCCCAAUGGACAGUCAAGUUUGCCCGCUGGUGCUGGAAAGCUAUGGCUAUAGUGCAGAACAUAUUCGUUAUAAGUGGGAAGUCUCUGGAACGGACGGCCAGUCUUUUGUUCCAUCUGGAUUCCGCCUUAUGCCGAACUAUAACCUGACAAACAUCAACCUCUCGCUUACCAUGAACAAAUACGUUGUUGGAAAUUUCUCGGGUGUAUGUGCGACAUUUACCUUCAAACGUUCCUACAGCUACUUUUUAAGUCACAUAUAUGGCACGAGUUCUGUAAUUGUGGCUAUAUCGUGGAUUGGGUUUGUUGUUCCUUUUGAGCAAACCGCUGCCCGAGUUGCUCUUGGCAUUACGUCGUUAUUGACGGAGGUCACCAUUUUGAACAUGAUGAACAACUCUAUGCCAAAGGUGAGUUACGUCAAAUCAAGCGACAAGUAUCUAAUUGGUUGUUUUGUGUUCGUGUUUUUGACCCUCAUCGAGUACUGUGUCGUGUUGUUGUUGAAAGCAAAGCAAAAGCAGAGGAGUAUCAAGUUCCGUAAUACUGCCAGAAAACAGCAGAAAAACGAUGAGAAAUGUGACCAUGUGGAAGCGAAGGACUGGAUAAGGAAUGGCACUCUACUCAACACAAAGGAGAAUAACCUCAAUUUUUCUCAUGGUAGUUUGAAGAAAGCUACAAGCGAAUACUCUUCAGGGUACACCUUGGCUACUUUCAGAGAUGCUGAUGUUGGUGCUCUCCUUCCCUGCAAUAAAUCACAGAUGCACUGUAAAACAUUUGUUAAACAAGUCGAAGCAAGGAUUCUUACAGAUACGUUUAUUUUGAGCAUUGAUGAGUAUUCCUUCAGACUUUUUCCUCUUGCUUUUGCCGUGUAUAAUGCUUGCUACUGGAUGGAUUAUAUUUAAUUGGACACUGUUAAGCCAGCUCAUGCAAAAGAGCCAAUGUAAAAAACCGUAUCUACAAAGAACUUAAACGAGGGAUCGAAACUGACCGAUCACAUGUUUGCAGACGCUCCCAAUUUCACAGACAAAUCCAGGCCACAUCACCGGAGGCUACAUUCCCUACUCUAUGUAAGAAGUGUUGGGUUCUUUACGUCCCCUGCUGAUUAAACAGACAGACAAAAAUACAGGAGACGUUCAAGAACUUUGUUCUGAUCACUUAUCACAGUGUAAAUCUCAUAAUCAUAAAAAUUAAAGUUUCCUCGAUUGCGAUUGGUUAAAAAAACUCAUAUUUCCCCCUGAUUAACUUGCCAAGUUGUUAUCGGACAGUUUGUUAUGGGACAGUUCAAUAAGCUCGUCAUAUUUAAAGCUGUAGUUUAAAUCAACCAAUCACAUACAAAGUUAUAGUUUAAAUAUACCAAUCACAUUCAAAGUUGUUGUUUAAAUCAACAAAUCACAACCUUGGUUUCAAUCACCAUAGAAACAGUGUACAGACUCCUAAAUUGAGAUUUUCUUCAAAAUGGAGAAUUUGUUUCCCUUGAACAAUACCAGUACUUCGUAAAGUGUAAUUUUUAUGACUUAUUGGCAAUGAGACUUGGUGUCGUCCAAUUCGGUCUGCAAUCAUACUCGAGAUAAACAAAUCGGACUCCCGCUGCGCGUUCGUCCGAUUUUGUUAUUACUCCUAUGAUUUUAGACUGAACUGGAUUCCACUCAGUCUUAUCACCAUUGCUAAUUUCAAUAACUCGAGAUUAAAGAUGCUUUAACAAGUGUCAAGCAGUAGUAAGGAAGAACAAAAGCCAAUUUUCCGAGAGCCUUAAUCAAAUUAAACGCUUUCCUAAAUUA